AUGUCUGCAGGAGGCGGGUCGGAGGGCGCCACAGCGACGCUUGAAAGAGUCAAGAGCCUCAGCGAUAAGGUUUCCAAACUCCAAGAAGUUCUGGCCGGGGUGCAAGCAUCCCGCGGGCUUCCCUCUUCUACUGCCGCGGCGCCAGCACCUGCACCAGCAGCGGCGAGCGCUUCUGCUACUGCUGCUGCUGCUGCUGCGGGAGGGAGUGCCAAGCCAAAGAGAAAAGCGAACGCGCUUGUGUGGGCUGGAGCGCCUUCGGAGGAGUUCAUCGCCGGCGCCGACACUCGCUCUCUCGAGCGGGAGCCCUACUGGGAUAUGUCGGAGCUCCCGAUGCACACAUUCAAGGCGAAGGCGCCAUACACCGGCACCAUCGAGACGGUAGAGAAGCUCGUACAGCCGGGGGCGUCAGGGGAGGUGUUCCACGUGAAGCUGCGGCACGAGGGGAACAUGCCCUACUGGGAAGGGCAAAGCCUCGGCGUCACCCCCCCCGGGCUAGAUGCCAAGGGCAAGCCUCACAAGGUGAGGCUUUACUCGAUCGCGUCUACGAGGUACGGCGACGACGGGGACGGGCGGACAGUGUCCUUGUGCGUCCGGAGGGCAACCGUGAUUGACCCGGAGACCGGAAAAGAAGACCCUUCGAAAGAGGGGGUAUGCUCCAACUUCCUGUGUCGGGCGCGGGCGGGGCAGGAGGUCACCCUCACCGGCCCCAGCGGCAAGAUAAUGCUCCUGCCGGAGGAAACCCCGGACGCGGACGUGAUCAUGGUGGGGACCGGUACGGGAAUCGCUCCCUACCGGGGCUUCCUGCAACGGCUCUUCAAGGAGGACACGCCGGCCGCAAGGGCGUUUACGGGGACCGCGUGGCUUUUCUUGGGGGUGGCCACGACCGAAGGCCUGCUGUACCACGACGACUGGAUGGAGAUGCUCAGAAAGUUCCCGUUCAACUUCAGGUGCGAGGGAAGGGAGGAAAAGAACGCCUCCGGGGGCAAGAUGUACAUCCAGGACCGCGUAGAGCAAUACGCCGACGAGGUCUUCGAGCGGCUGGACGGAGGAGCACACAUUUACUUCUGCGGCCUGAAGGGAAUGAUGCCCGGCAUCACCGACAUGCUGGCCAGGGUGGCGGGAGAGAGAGGCAUCUCGUGGGACGCCAAGCUCAAGGAGCUAAAGAGCAAGGGGCAGUGGCACGUCGAGGUCUACUGA